AUGCGCGUCACGCCGCGUCACGGCCGCGUCACGACCGCGGCAGGCGCGGCAGGACCGCGUCAAAAUAGCUACGCCCGAUCGUGCAGCAGCAAACAAGAGCUCACACCAAGUCUAUCGUCCAGAUUCCACGUUCCAACAUUUAUCGCUUUGGUGACCCAAAUUUCGCAGCGCCGGUCUUCCAUGAUGUUGAAUGGACUAUUGAUGAGGACACUCCUAGGUCACCUACGCAUAACUCCUCCUCCGCCCUUACCUGGAAGACUAUUUCCUUUCCUCUCAGACCCUCCACGCAACCCACACAACUGCGCGGCUUUUGUAUCAUUCGCGCAUCGGCCGCGCGCAGCAGGUGGUGCCUUCUACGACUACACUUCUCCAUACGGCGCAGUCAGAGAAGAAGACCGUAUCACCCUUCGAGAAAGUAUGUUUGGAAAAUACGACUUUCUGAACGUCCAGCCGAAAGGCGGAAAGGUGAAGACUCCCAUUGAAAUUGCACAGGACGAAGUGAAGAAGGGCAUCUUUGAGGGCCUAACUUCGAGACUAGGUCUUUCCUCCCUGUUGGAUUUACCUUUGAUAGCUUUAUCAAAUGGCCAGACGCGUCGAGCACGCAUCGUGAAGGCUAUUUUGUCUGAACCAGAGCUCCUCGUACUCGACGAACCUUUAACCGGCCUUGAUAUUAAUACUCGCCCGAUCUUGCUGAAUAUCCUUCGGUCACUGCAUGAGUCUCACAGUCUACGCAUCAUCAUGGGUCUCUGGAUCCAGGACCCUGUUCCUGACUGGAUUUCGCACAUCGCUCUAGUGACGGGCGAAACUAUCCUGACAGGUGUCAAAGAUGAAAUCAUGUUCAAGCAUGCGGAACAUCACGCAAAGGAAGCUGAGCAUAGAACGGCAAGCACCACUCAGUCAUAUCUGCAGUCUGGCCUUGAUCAUGGAAAGCCAGUAGUUGACAUGAAGAACGUAAACGUAUCAUACGGUCCACACAAGGUGCUCAAAAAUAUCAAAUGGAUCAUUCGCGCUGGCACCUUCAAGGCACGAAUGGUUCCGGGAAAACUACACUCUCGCUUCUGACUGGCGACCAUCCCCAGUCUUACACUCAGCGAGGUGAUUCGAUUCUGGAGUCGUUCUAUCGGCCUCGGCAGCGUAUCCCCUACACUCUUACAUUCACUCAUUGCCAUAGUUUCACCGACAGCACCGAGUCCAGAAAAGUUGUGACUCGCUGACAACUUGCUCUCUGCAGGGUUGAAAAUCCUUGCUAUAUCUCGGCAAGCACCUUUCUGACAAACUCCUUAGCGCCGGCGAUGUUACCAGCUCGCCUUAUCUGGAAUGAGGCUCGGGAGACGCGCCCAAAACGCU